CAAAACACACGGGGCACUUCGCUGUCGAUCUAUGUAUCUCGAUCUUGAUCAACGUCGGUCGGUGUCAUCACAUCGUUUCCCCAACACAAACCCAGACGAUCUUAAUCGUUCUGAUUCGCGAUUUCAACAACAAAGCCAUUUGGAAACUGCGGAUGCCACUCAGUUUGUCAUAAUUAUCUUCUCGGAGUGUCACCUUGCGUUUGUGCCGUUGCCCCCACAACUUCAUUACGUCAUUUUUGUGGAUCGAGGUGACAGAAUGAAGCAUACUCUUGCCUGGUAAGAUGAUUCAUAAGAGAAAAAACUCCAGACAUAUUCCAGACAAAAGCAAAACUGUCAACAUAAAACUGCCAACAAUGACACGUUUGACAAAAAAAACGUAUACUCAGACUUAAUGACUACAGCUGAGACAGGUUUAAUAGGAUAUAAUCAAUUGGAAAACAGAUAGCAGCAUAGUGGAAUAAUCAAGCCUUGAGAUGGAGGUGGGACGACAAGAAGUUAUAGAAGAAGAGACCUUCUCCAAGGCUGGCCAGGACAACCCUGAAGACAAGAAGAACCUGGGUCACACUUGUGAACUCUGUGGAAGAAGCUUUCCAUUCCUCAGCUCCUUGUCCCAGCACAUGAGAAAGCACACUGGGGAGAAACCAUAUAAGUGCCCCCACUGUGAGCACCGCUCUGCGCAGAAGGGUAGCUUGAAGGCCCACAUUCGCAGUCACAAACUUAACAGCCUAAGCCAGAGCGCUGGCGGUGAGGAGGAAGACAUGGAUGAGGGUGGGGAGAAGGAAGGAGGGAUACCUGAAGAUCAAGGUGGUUGUUCCAGUCCAACUGAGAGCACUUCGGCCUGCAACAAGGUAGUCAGUGGUGAGAAUGCAACCAAAAAUAGGAAGAAAGGUAUGAAGAAGGAAAGGAACUCUAGCGAGAAUUGCAAACAGUCCAUGCAAUGCUCUUUGUGUAGGAAGAGACUUCCCAGCCAGGCAGAUCUUGAACAGCAUAUGCAAGAGUUUCACAAGGUCUUCCGAUGUGAACUGUGCCCAUAUAAGGCUUUGCAGGAGGACCAACUGCAAACUCAUUUUGAAAUGGUGCACCCUACUGAAGAAAACUCCAUCACCAAAGAAGCCCCUACCAGCGAGGAGUCAGAGAGUGGACUUGGUAAAGGGGAGUUUCCAUGUGAACAAUGUGACCAGGUGUUCACUGAAGCCUGGUUUCUAAAAGCUCAUAUGAAGAAGCAUCAGAACAGUCUGGAUUAUGGGUGCCGGAUCUGCGGACGCCGUUUUCGUGAGCCCCGGUUCCUACGUAGCCACAUGAAGACCCACAACACCAAGUUAAAACCAAAGAGCGACUUCUACCGUCCUGCUACGGUCAACGAGGUAGCACAGGACGAGUCAAACUUGGUAAACGAAGUGUGUCUGUAUGAACUCUGUGCCAAGUGUGGUAACUUCUUCCAUGACCGCACGAGCCUGCAAUUGCAUGAUCAGGUUCACAGAAAUGUUGAGCAGGCUCCUAAAAAUACAAUGUGCAUUGAUAAGGACUUUGCAUCGGUCUCCAAGACAAGCUUCUUGGAGUGCCUAAAUUUGAAACCAGCAGGAAAAGAGGAGAACCUUAUUGAGGGGACUCUAGGGAAAAGAAUCUCUGAGUUGGAUCCAGUAAGUAGCUAUCAAACUUGGCAACUAGCCACCAGAGGCAAAGUGUUGGAGGUAUCAGAGAAAAGCCUGGGCUGGGAGGAGAGGUUAGCAGAUGCAGAUGUAGCGUUCGACAGGGAAAAGGGUGAGUAUGUCCUGAUAAGACAGGACAAGCGGAAGAAACAGCUGGAGCCCUCUUCGAGUAUCCCAACUAAGAAAAGGAGAGGGACUGGAACGCAUGGCUCUAACACUGAACACCACAGCAAUGGAGAAAGGAAUGGUCAGGCCUCAACGAAUGAGCGAAGCCCAGAGAAUCUGAGCGAUUCUGAGUACCGCCCAACUUCUCGGCCCAGCCGGAAGAAUUCCCAAAAAACCUCAGAGUGCUUUGAGUGUGGCAAGGGUUUCCGCACACAGCAACAGAUGGUCAUCCACAUGCUCAUCCGACAUGGUGGCUUGGGUGAAACCAUUGGUGGAAAUGGACUGUUCCAUAAACAAGCGGCCAGCCCAUCUAAAGCAGGGGAAUCUGCAGGACACUUCAGGGAUCAAAGACACACAGGGUCCUCUGGGGACACAGAUAAAAAGCCAUACACCUGUGACCACUGUGACUUUUGCACCUCAGAGCCCUCGGCCAUCACUGCCCACAUCCAAACCCAUCGUUUGGUGAUCAGCGAUUGGGGCCAGAGGAGUGAUGCCUUAACCAGCUCACUCAGCCAAAGCCAAACUCACCAAACCAACAACACAGGUUUCCCCAGGCUGAGAAAUGCCCUGCUACAGCAGCCCUACUUGCCCUGCAUCACCUCGACUCUCCUGGAGAGGGCAGCACUUAGCGAUGCUGCUUCAUCUGCUUCCAAGAGUGAGGAUGGAAAGAGCAAGGGGCUGGAAGAUAGUAGCUCCACUAAUAAAGUGGAUGCUAAUCUGCUAAACCUCACCAUGGACGUGGAUAACGUGAAGGAAGGGGUUUCAUCUGCAAUUUUGAACAAUUUGGUAAAGCACCAAUGCCCUUAUUGCUCCUAUGCAACACUCUAUCCAGAAGUUCUCUGGAUCCACCAACGAAUUGCACACAAAGUUGACAGCACUAUGUUGGUGCCUAAGUGGGUCCCGAGAAAUGGCCUCAAGAGGCCCAAAUCACUUCUUGAUUUCAAGAGACGCACUGGUCCACCUCCAUUUUUAGAAGGUAAGGACUGCCCCUCUCUGCCGCAGACGAGAACCUCCCGAACAACCCCACCUGAUUCCAGCCCUGGAUGUACAAAGAAAUCAAAAUCUCUGACAAGUAGCGCAGAGUCCAGCUCCUCGCAAAACAAGGGCUGGCACACAGCCACAGCUCCAGGGACGUCGUCUAACUUGUCCAAACACAAGACCAGCAAAUCCAGGACAGAUGGGUUGGCGGGUAGCAAACACAAAGUAGACGUCCAUCAAAACAGUUCCACUCGACCCAUUUAUGCAAGUCCGCAGAAGACCGGAAACCCAAAUACAGGGAGCAGAGUGAUGGAGAGUAGUCUACUACCUCAAGAGGGACUUCAUUUUAUGCUCUCUAGCAAACACAACCUCAGUGAUCAGAGAAGCUUCAAACCCCACGCUCCUCAAACCCCUAGGAGAUCUGAUUCUCAAGCUCAGGAUACACAGUCCUUGGCAGGGUAUGACCCUUGGAGCAGACUUGGUUUGAGUGGACCAUCAUCUCACUCCCAGUCCAAGAGGCAGUUGUCAUCUGACAGUCAGGAAUCUGUGACGGACAUCUUGAGGAUCUUGAAGAACUGCAGCCCUCAGGAUCUAGCUGCGUUUUACCACCACUGGGGCUUUAGCAACGCCAUGGCAGAGCAAGCAGGGAUGGUGAGGUCAGGGUCUCAGCAAGGGGAGUAUGUUUGUCCUGUCUGUAGGAAGACCUUCAGCCAGCCUAGCCAUUACCGCACACACAUGAGAUCCCAUACAGGUGAGCGACCCUUUCAGUGCCGAUAUUGUCCUUACAGCGCCUCACAGAAAGGCAACCUGAAGACCCAUGUCCAGACUGUGCACCGUCUAGCCUUUGACAACGCACAGUACCCUCAUUGGAGACUCCGCCAAGCCUCUGCCAAUGAACCCAUGGACCCCACCAGUCAAGGACCAUCUCAUUGAGCAGUCAUUCCCAAACAGCUAAACUAAAGGUUGAAAACUACUGUUUGGGUCAUCAAAGGUUCCCUUAGAUCCAUCAAGAACUGCUUCUAAUAGUAUGAUGCUGAAUACAUUCAGAUUUGCUCCAAGAAACAUGUGUGUUCAGUUUAGACCUUCAAAGAAUGCCCUAAGGAAUUAAAAGACUUUGGCUACAGAUUUGUUAAUUUGUGUUUUCAGUUUAGUUGGACAUUUCUGUGUAUCCUUUUUAUUUUAAUCCGACAUGAACAAAUGACGCUGAACAGACUAUACUGCAUCAACAAACAUGUAUGCAACAUGUUUACACCUCCCUAAUUAAGGACUUAGGAAAUACUUGAGGGCUAAAGCCUCAGCAACACAAGGUCAGAGCUGAUUUGAUAGUGACCUGCUUUCUCAAACCCAAGGUCUUCUGCUGAUCCCCUAAACUUAAAAUGCUGCCUCCGAAUACCCUGAAUGAAUAUUGAAAAUUCUGUCAUCAUUUACACAUGUUGUUAGAAACCUUUCUGUCUUCUGCAGAACACAAAAGAAAGAAUUUUAAAGGAUGUCCCUGAUUUCAAUACAGUGUCAGUUGAAAGUGACUCACUUUAAAGCCUAAAAGUCUCAUAAAAUUUGAAAAACUCUGUAGUAAAAGCACUGUUUUUGCUUUCACUUUUAACUCAUGAGCGUGCAAAGGUGAACUACAGCAGAAGUCAGGAAUUUCAAGGUAAAAUAACUUUGAUUUCUGCUUGUUUCUCAGCUAAACCUAUCAUAUGCCUUCAGAAAACUUGGAAUAUGAAGGCUGAAAAUACACUCAUGGUGAAGUUCUUCUUUGUUCAGAGCUAGAAAGAAGGUUAAAACAGCUGAGCAAUGGUAUACUGUUUGCCAACAUUCAGACAUCGGCCACGCCGCUGCUGCCGGUGUUUAAAAGAGUAUUUAAAUAAGAGACGCAUGCUGUCCUGUCAACAGACUACAUGUAAAACAUUAACAAAUGUGACCUUAAAAUGUGACUUUAAUGUGUUAUCAAUUACAACAUGCCUCAUUUAAUGAACAGAAUCCACAUGAAAUCAGUAAAAGAAGCUGAUUUAACCACUCAACAAUGAUUUAAAGUUAUAUAUGGGCAGUAGAUAAAGUGUAAUUUGUCAUGUUUACAUUCUGCAUUCAUGGCACUAAUGCUAACAUGCUACUGUGCACAAAAUAUGUAAUGGUUACCAUCUGUCAUUGUAUUUACACCCACUGAUUAGGCAGACCAAUGGCAGUAAGAAGGUGUUUAACGGCUUAUACUAAGUUUUUCUGAAAGUUUGCACUGGCAUGGUGUUUCAACCACCGCAACAAACUUCUAAACUUUUACGUCACAAAGGUUCUUUCUUGGCUUUCGCGAUAUGUAUAUUAGUGCCUUGACACACAAGUCGCAUGGACUGUUGUGAUACUUAUUUUGAAGUGAGUUACUACUGCUGUCAUUUGUAUUAAAAUCAGCAAAUGGGACAUCCUUUAAAAAUUCCUCCUUUUGUGUGCCACAGAAUGAAAGACAUAUGGGUUUGGAACAACAUGAGGUGAGUAAAUGAUGACAGAAUUUUCAUUUUUGGGUGAGCUAUUCCUUUAAUGAAGUAGCCUUAGUGUGCAGUGUGUGUAGUUUGUGAGUGUGCGUGUAUGAUUGUGUGAUUGUGUUUUCCACAUUUUACUUCUCAGGACUUGAGUUAAACAAUUCCAAAGCCUGCAUUCAUUCACAACCAGUGCAUAACUGCACAAUGAGACAUGCAGUGAAAUACAGUACUUAGAUUUGAGUUUGAUAAAUAUAUAUAGAGGAAUGUGUUUUGUCACAGGUUGGACAAACACUUGGCACUAUCAGAACAUUUCUCAAGCAUUUUCUAUCUGUAAUUUAAGUAUUUAUGUAAGCGCAGAUGUAAUGUUACAUGUGGGUUUCCACUUGCAUUGAGUGUCAUGUUCUGUUACAUAAGUGACAGUGUUUCAGUUUGAAGUAAAGACACAUGCUAUAUUUUGCGUUAGAGUCAUCUGUUUGGUCCGACAACUUCAGCAAUAUUAUGUGUCUCUGCAUUUAAUUUUUGAUGUGGCUUAAGUUUUCAUGUUUUUUUUUCUUGUUUUUUCGGUUUAACAUGUUUGCCUCAAUUAGUAGAUUCUGAAUUAUUGUAUCCCAAAAGAGAAAGAAAAAUAAGUUAAUUUAAUGGCGCUUAAGGUCUUAAAGCCAUGUUACAAUGCUCACGUUUUUGAUGAAGGAUCUGUUUGAAUCUUAACGUGCAGAACUGCAUGUUGUCUGUAUAAUCAUUUAAAUUAUUACGUCAUAGAGAGACUAGUAAUUAGUGUAAAACUAGAUUCAAGGAUAGUGUGUUUUAUAAUGUUACUUAUAAAGCUUUAGAAUGCCAUAUUUUUAGAGCUUGAUUACGUAAAUCAAAUAAUUUCUUAGCCAUAUAUUUCUAUGGAUGUUGUAUAUGGACAUUAAGAUUAUUUACAGAUAUAGUUAUGCACAUCUGUGUACAUUUAAAUACAUUCAUAUAUGUACAAGUCAAAAAUUAACAUUAAUCUAGAGCAUUUUUAUUGCCUAAAUCAAUGUGUUGGAAACAAAGCCAAGAAAUCUGAUCCUACAUUAUGAAAUUGGUUCUCAUAUAAAAGAACCUCCAGUGUGAAUCUGUGUUGAUGUAAAGCAGUCAAACUGAACUGAACUGACCUGAUACAUGUUGCAGGUUCAAAGGGGGAACCAGGAACUGAGAAAUAUCAAGAUUCACAGUUCUAUCACCGUUGCCCUUGCGAAAGGCACUUAACCCUUGGUAGCUCUAUAUGAACUAAAUGUUCCUGCAAUGUGUCUUGCAAGUUAUGCUGAAUGGAAUGUGACUGCUUAAUAGCAAUUUACUAACAGUGAAUCUUUGAAACCUUUAAAAAUGUGUCCUAGGACACAAGAAACAUGAAUAGUUUUUUUUCCCAAUAGCUUUUUACUAAAUUAAACCCCCUAAGUAUACUAAAGCAGAAGACAUAAGAAAACUAUGUUAUGAAUUAAUUUGAAAUUGUAUUGUUUUUCUUUUUCUUUAUGUAACACUAUUAAUUUUGUGGUUUGAGUAGAACUAGUAAAUGAAUGUAUGGAAUGUAUUUUGUGUGGUUAAAAGAGUUUUUUCCCUCCACAUAUAUAUUUUGUUUCAGAGCUCAAUGAAGUACACGAAAUUGUCGACAUGUUCAUCAUCUCCAUCUCACGUACAUUGUCCAUUGUUGAAGUUUUGAAGCGCCUGAAAUUAAACUUUACCCCUGA